GAGUACAUGCUGCUAAUUAGUUUAAUCACAUUUUACCCAAUAAUUAAUUAAAAGUCCUGUUUAUAAACGUUGUCGGAAUGUUGGGAGCGCUCAGUGGCCAGCUUUGAUCAGUGGAGCGCAUGGCCCAGCCCAGAUAUUUGCGAGGAUUCCACGACCGUUUACGUAGGCUUUGGAAACUGAUUCGAGAAUACAUCGCACUGCGGUUUUUGUAAUAUUACGGCUGAACUAAAGGAGCAAGAUGAAGCCAUACUUGAUGCACGUCUGUACCGCUGUGGCAUUUUGCGGUAUAUUAUCAGUGGCGCUCGCGGCUCCAAGUGUCAUUAUGGGCACGGAGACAGGGGAGUUGUUGCGCUGCAAGUUCAAGAACGCGAGCGACUGUAAGACUGUGAACCAGCAGACGUCUGGAGUGUCCGCGCUCACCGUGGAGGGAGAGUUUGUCUAUAUAGGGUUGGAGUCCGGCCUGCUGCGCCGCUGCCGCAUCACCAAGCUGGAGAACUGCACCACCUUCCACGACUUCACCACACAGAUAUACGACCUCGCUAUCUCCGGUAUGUUCGUCUACGCUGCGAUCGACGGCGGCAUCACGCGCUGCGGACUGCGCAAGUCCGACGACUGCUCCAGCUUCUACGAAUCAGAAACACCCAUUUACUCCCUCGCCAUCCACAGUGACAAGCUGUAUGCUGGUUCCAGUACCACAACCAUACAAUGCCCACUCCUCGGUACUGACAACUGCACGGUGUAUUUCAGCACGACGUCUGCCGUCAACGCUAUGAGUGCUUUCUCGGAACACUUGUACAUCGGCUUAGAGGAGGGCGGCGUGCAACAGUGUCAACUCAACAACGGCACGGAGUGCUCUAAACUGUUGGAAUCGGAAACGCCAGUCAAAGCGCUAGACAUUUUCGACAACCAGAUACAUAUUAGUUUAGAUAAAGGAGAGAUGUUGCAUUACGAUUUAACGAAGAAUGAGAGCUGCACGGUGAGUAAGAACAUGAGCGUGGUGUCGAGUAUGUUCACCAUCUUCUCGUCGACGGGCGUGAAGGUGCACUACCGAGGGGAGAGCAAGGACUGCGUGUGGCAGUGGAUAUCGUGCCCGCCAUACGUCGUGUACUACGACAUCGAGGCGCGGUCACCCUUGGAACUACACGUGAAGAAUGGUAAGUUGUACACUAGUAAAGGGGACCUGUUUGAUACGGAUCAGGCAGACUUCAGCCACUCGGGGCAGAAGGCGAUAUUCGUGAUGGACCCGUCGGGGCGGAUCUACGCCAGUAACCAGCACCCCAUCCUGCUGCUGCACCACUCGAGCCUCAUGGCAGGCAACCCGGUGGCGGCCGCUGGCGAGCUCAAGGUGGACGAGGGCGUCAUCAGAUCAGUGUCCAGUUGCUCUGGACACUACCGCCCCACACUCGCGCUCACCAAACAAAUCAUCACCUCGCUAAGAAGACAAGGCUACAAUAAAGAUGUGAACAUCCAGAACUGCUUCGGACUUGAUCUGUAUAUAGACUUAGAUUACAAGAAAACCGACUUGUACUACAAGGCGCAGUACGAAAAAUACUCAAGAAAAAUGAAAAGUUUAAACAAAACAAUUGUAUAGGUCAUGGAAAUAAACUGCCAUAAACAUUU